UAAACCAGACCAGAGACCAAGACACUAGGCGAAAAAUACACCGUGGAAACCUCUGGUUGGUCGCACUCUCCUCUCCACAGCAACGCCUUAUCGUCAUCCUCAGUUCAUCACCAAGAACAAUACCAACGCCUCCCCACCGCCGUCGACAUGGCUUCUCAAGAGGAGAAGACAAGUGUUAAGUCCGAGGAGCCAUCUCCGGCGGAGGAGCAGCAGCAGCCUCAAUCCGGGACACGCAGGGCCGGGCCGUCGGCGCCGGCGCCGGCUCCGGCCAACCCGUUCGACUUCUCAACCAUGAUGAACCUGCUCAAUCAGGACCCUAGUAUCAAGGAGAUGGCGGAGCAGAUCGCCAAGGACCCGGCGUUCACGGAGAUGGCGGAGCAGCUGCAGAAGACGGUGGCGUCCCCGCGGCAGGCGCAGGCGCAGGCACCAGCGCCGGAGGCGGUGGCGCUGGACCCGCAGAAGUACGUUGCCACGAUGCAGCAGCUGAUGCAGAACCCGCAGUUCGUGGCAAUGGCGGAGCGCCUGGGUAGCGCGCUCAUGCAGGAUCCCGCCAUGUCCACCAUGCUCGGUGGCCUCACCAACCCGGCGCACAAGGAGCAGCUCGAGGCCCGCGUCGCGCGCAUGAAGGAGGACCCCACUCUCAAGCCCAUCCUCGACGAGAUCGAGACCGGAGGCCCCGCCGCCAUGAUGAAGUACUGGAACGACCCUGAGGCUCUGCAGAAGUUCGGGCGGGCAAUGGGCGUCGGCCCGUCGAGCGAGGCCACCGGCGCGGAGCACGCCGUGGCGGAGGAAGAAGCCGGGGAGGAAAGCGAGUACGAGGACGAGUCCAUGAUCCAUCACACCGCCAGCGUCGGCGAUGUUGAGGGCCUCAAGAAAGGCUUGGAGGAGGGAGUGGACAAGGACGAGGAGGAUUCGGAAGGCAGGAGAGGCCUGCACUUCGCAUGCGGAUACGGCGAGCUGAAAUGCGCGCAGGUUCUCCUGGACGCGGGGGCCGCGGUGGACGCGGUGGACAAGAACAAGAACACCGCGCUGCACUACGCCGCCGGCUACGGCCGCAAGGACUGCGUCGCGCUCCUGCUCGAGCACGGCGCCGCCGUGACGUUGCAGAACCUGGACGGGAAGACGCCCAUCGACGUGGCCAAGCUCAACAACCAGGAGGACGUCCUCAAGCUUCUCGAGAAGCACGCCUUCGUAUAGACGCCGCUGCUCAUCAGCUUGCUUCCAGCUUCCCUUCUCCGCUCCGCUUUGCUUUCUCGAAACAAGUUACACGUCUGUUCAAUUCGGUGUCAGAUUUUGCUUGCGUAAUUAUGGUGGGAUUGGGUUUGUUGGAUUGCGAUUCUAUUGAUCCUCCAUGGGUCUUGGUUAAUCAAUAAGGAAUAAAUUCUCAA